AUGGACGUGGUUCAAGCGAUCAAGUUUUACAUCAAUGAGAUGAUUAAAGAAGCUGGGGCAGGCAUCAAAGCAUUGCUAAUGGACAAAGAAACGAUAUCCAUUGUGUCGAUUGUAUAUGCGCAAUCUGAGAUGCAAGAAAAGGAAGUGUUUCUCUUUGAACUGCUUGAAAANUUAAUGGACAAAGAAACGAUAUCCAUUGUGUCGAUUGUAUAUGCACAAUCUGAGAUGCAAGAAAAGGAAGUGUUUCUCUUUGAACUGCUUGAAAAUUUUACACCGAAAACAGAAUCUGCCAAGUUUGUCAAGUGUAUCGCGUUCAUUCGACCAACAGAAAAAAACUUGAAUUAUCUUAUGCGCGAGCUGAAGCAUCCCAGGUUUUCUCAGUAUUUUCUUUAUUUUAACAAUAUAAUCAGCAAAACCGACAUCAAAGCAAUUGCUGAUGUCGAUGAAAAUGAGCUGAUCAAAGAUGUGCAAGAAGCAUAUGCCGACUACCUGGCACUAAACUCUCACACUUUUUCAAUGAACGUCAAGUAUUGCUACCAGAACGGCACGUACUGGAACCCGAACUCAUUCGUUCGCAUCAGUCAGGGUCUCAUAUCGUUGCUGCUUUCGCUCAGCCGAAGCCCUCUGAUUCGCUAUCAAGCCAACUCGGUUCUCGCAGAAAGAUUGGCAGAGGAUGUCCGCCGUACGAUUGCUAAAGAAAGCGGACUAUUUGACCCCCUUUUCAAAGGCCUGAACGAUUCUCAACCUAUUCUCCUAGUUUUGGACCGGAAAUUUGAUCCUAUCACCCCUCUUUUAAACCAAUGGACGUAUCAAGCAAUGCUUCACGAGCAGCUUACCAUUGUCAAUAAUCGCGUCAACCUGUCGCUCAUUCCUGGCACGGACAAAAACCUCAGAGAAGUCGUUCUUUCAAAAGAUCAAGAUGAAUUUUACGAAAAGAAUCAAUAUUUGAACUACGGUGAAAUAUGCUCCAAUAUAAAAAAUCUUAUGGAAGAUUUUCAGCAAAAGACUAAAAGUCAAAAGAAGAUUGAAACAAUCGCCGACAUGAAGUCUUUCAUCGAGACUUAUCCGCAGUUUAAGAAAAUGUCUGGCACGGUGACCAAGCACGUGACGCUAAUUGAUGAGCUCAGCCGACUUGUGAACACGUACAACCUGUUGGAGGUGUCGGAGACUGAACAGGAAAUGAUUUCCCAUUCUGACCAUUCCGAAACCCUGAAGAGGAUCAACUCCUUACUGGCCAAUGAUAAAGUGCGCAACGAAGACGCCCUACGACUUGUUCUGUUGUAUGCACUUACUUUUAGCAACCAUUCCAGUAAUGAUGUUCGCGGACUCUGCCGCAUUUUGGAAAGAUCGCGUGGUUUUACUCCAAAUGAAGUAAAGGUGGUGCAGCAAAUUAUCGAGUUUUGUGGUAAGAAGCGGCAGCAGACAGAGCUGCUAAGCUCAGAUCAUGUGAAGGCAUUCACGAAGAAGAUGAUCAAAGGCUUCAAAGGCGUGGAGAACAUUUACACUCAGCACACGCCAGAGCUGAAGGAGAUCAUUGAGGAUUUGUAUCGCGGAAAACUGCGCGAGACUUCGUAUCCGUUCCUUGGCAGUGUCCUUCAACGGGAACGACCCAGCGAGCUGAUAGUGUUCAUCAUCGGCGGACUGACCUACGUCGAGUCGAUGGUGGUGUAUCAGCUGAACAAGAGUCUGCCGGGAAUGAAAAUCAUCGCCGGCGGCUCGUUCAUUCACAACAGCGCCAGCUUCCUCGACGAAGUUCGCAGGGGCUUUGAGUUUCAGAGCGAAAUCAAAAUGGACAAAAAUGUUCUCUAA